CAUCUCGUGCCCCACCAAAGGCAGCAUCGAAACUCACACCCAUUAAACUCUCUCCAUUUACAUUCAAGUCCAGCUCCCUGUCAAUACGCAAAGCACAGUCUCAAAGCAAGCAUAAUAGUCAAUUCAAGUCAACAUGCUGCUUUUAGACUACCAAAAUGUCUUGAUAGAGUCUAUACUCAAGGAAAGACUCUAUGGAGCACCUCCCGCCACGAUUGACCAGACCGUUUCCGACUUCGACGGCGUAACCUUCCACAUUUCCACCCCCGAAGUGAAGACAAAGAUCCUUGUCUCUAUUCAAAUUCGAUGCUUUAAAGAACUUGUCCUAUAUGGUGCCGAACAAGUCCUCCAGCGCGAAUACGGUCCCUAUGUCGUUGCCCCUGAAAUUGGCUAUGAUUUCUCAGUCCAGGUUGACUUAGAGAAUCUACCGGAUGACAAGGAGGAACGAGAUGAGCUGGUUAAGAAGAUCUCCCUACUCAAGCGCAACGCAAUGGCUUCGCCCUUCGAGCACGCCUACGCAGAACACUAUAAGCUAAAGGAAGCCGCUUCGAAAUACACAUCGGAAGAGGCACCCCAAGGUGUACGAGAAGGCGGUGAUGUUAUGGCUAUCCACUACCGUGACGAAGAGGCUAUUUAUGUCAAGGCGAGUCACGACCGUGUGACCGUCAUCUUCAGCACCAUCUUCCGAGAAGAAACAGACAGAGUGUUUGGAAAGGUCUUCAUUCAAGAAUUCGUCGAUGCGCGAAGGAGAGCCAUUCAAAACGCACCGCAAGUUCUCUUCAGAAAUGACCCACCACUAGAAUUACAAGGUGUUCCAGGUGUACAGGCCACCGCCAGCAAUGAGGUUGGAUAUGUUACAUUUGUUCUGUUCCCGCGACACUUGACACCCCAGCGAAUGCCGGAUGUCAUCUCCCACAUUCAGACCUUCCGAGACUACUUCCAUUACCACAUCAAGGCUUCCAAAGCAUACAUUCACUCCCGUAUGAGAAGGAGAACAGCAGAUUUCCUACAAGUACUCCGACGCGCCAGGCCAGAGAACGAAGAGAAGGAGCGAAAGACGGCAAGCGGAAGGACAUUCAAAGUUCAGGCUUAGAAAGAUUGUUUAUAGGAUCAGGGUUUUCGAAAACAAUGUGGCGAUACGAAAAGCCAAUUCCCUGUAUUAAAGUACCUAAUAACGAAUGACGCGACGACAUACCCACACGUUGACAAUUUAUUCACUUCUGCGUAUGUGUCACAUCAAAAUUUAUGGAGGAUUAAUCAACCCAUUCCAGAAUACUAUGAAAUUGCAAUACGAAAUUCUGUUAAACAGGACGAGAUAACAUAUCCCCCCUCACUUUACUGAAGCAAAGACGCCGACUCCCGAGUUGUCUGUAAUCUUAGAGUGUCCAAGGCAAGAAUCCGAAGAUGGUAUCAUAGGAAGGGUUUUUCCCAGUCCGGAUUCUCUAACCCCUCAUUCAUCACAACGGAAGAUAUGACCAUUCCGGCCAAAAGGACGACCCAGACCCAGAGAAGGUCUAGAAAAUUUACGCCGAUCGGUUGCGGGUUCGGGUCUUGAUACAUCUCAAACAUCGUGACUAGUUUAUUUCAUGGGUA